AUGGCCCUCGAAAUCCUGACCAAGAUCACCUCUGCCUUCGGGCACGAACUGAAGGGCGACAGCAACCGGUUCGAUGAGCUCGUGUUGGCGUUGAAGGAGGCCCUGGGCCCGUCGUCGGGGUUGGACUCGGCUGACGUCGACGUCAAGGAGUUGAUGGAGCUGAUGGAACAAUACAACUCAAGGGAGAGCGAAUGGAUCCAAUUUGCAUUCGCCGAGAAGAGCAUGGGAUACACAAGAAACCUCGUCGACGAGGGUAAUGGCAAGAGCAAUCUCCUUGUGCUUGUCUGGUCUCCGGGCAAGGGCAGUCCAAUCCACGACCACGGCAACGCCCAUUGCCUCAUGAAAAUCCUCAAGGGCAACCUGACUGAGAUCCGAUAUGCCUUCCCCGAGGGCGAGGAAGAACAACCGAUGAAAGUGAUGUCUGAGAGAACACAUAAGGAGAAUGCGGUGGCAUACAUGGCAGACGAACUUGGCGUCCACCGGGUCUGCAACAGGGGCAGCGACUUCGCCGUAUCCCUUCACCGUGGGUUUUGCUUCACCGUCUUCGCCGAAACAACUUUGCUGACCGGCUCCGUAGUGUACACCCCGCCCAAUGUCGCUAAGGGAGGAUGCAACAUCUUCAAUGAGAAGACUAGUAAGAGCAGUCAUGUAGCCAAGUGCGGCUACUACUCGGCGUACGGCCGCCGACUGCCGAAGCAGUAA